UCGGCCCAGAGCGGGCCUUAUUCACUGGAUUUACAUAAGGCUCCCAUCAGCCGGCCCACUCAUUACCACGUUUUAUAUCCCCCUGCAUGCACUCAAGCAUCAUGACAAAGUAGCUCCAUCCUCCCCUCCAACAGGGAAGUGAAGCAGCUUCUCGGAGCAGGUGUCAGGAGCCGCAAACUCACACAACACUGGAGCAGAGAGGAACUUUAUUUUGUUUGUAAUAUCCCACUUCAACCUCCCCUUUUCACUCUGCUGCAGCGCGCUCACAGCAGGCCUAUGUUGUGUUUUUAAUGUUCUCUAAAAUGGUAUCAAAGCUGACAUCCCUGCAGCACGAGCUCCUCAGCGCCCUGCUGGACUCGGGAGUAACCAGAGAUGUUCUGAUCCAAGCCCUGGAUGAUUUGGACCCCAGCCCGCCGGGCUUCGGAGUAAAACUGGAGAACCUGCCCAUUUCCCCAGCUCCUCCGCAGAGCGGCAAGAUGAACGGGACGGACUCCGACUCCAAGCCUGUCUUCCACACGCUCACCAACGGACACAGCAAGGGCAAGCUGUCCGGGGACGAGGGCUCCGACGACGGGGACGACUUCGACACCCCGCCGAUCCUGAAGGAGCUCCAGUCGCUCAACACGGAGGAGGCUGCGGAGCAGAGGGCCGAGUUGGAUCGCAUGUUGGCAGAGGAUCCAUGGCGUGCUGCCCGUAUGAUCAAAGGUUACAUGCAGCAGCACAACAUCCCCCAACGGGAGGUUGUGGACGUCACAGGGCUCAACCAGUCUCACCUCUCCCAGCACCUCAACAAAGGCACGCCCAUGAAAACAACGAAGCGAGCGGCCCUCUACACCUGGUAUGUCAGGAAACAGCGGGAAAUUCUCCAACAGUUCAACCAGGCAGUGCACAGCUCUGGCUGCAACAUGACAGAUAAAGACAAUCAGGAUCCGAUGUUUUUUUUCCCAGAGUACAACCCGUCUGGUCAGGGCAUGGGUCAGACUGGUGAAGAGGUCGGAAGCGAACCCUCCUGUAAGAAAAUGAGACGUAAUCGUUUCAAGUGGGGGCCUGCGUCCCAGCAAAUCCUUUACCAGGCCUACGAACGGCAGAAGAACCCCAGCAAGGAGGAGCGGGAAGCUUUAGUAGAAGAGUGCAACAGAGCUGAGUGUCUUCAGAGAGGCGUCUCCCCCUCCAAAGCUCAGGGCCUCGGCUCAAAUCUGGUCACUGAAGUGCGAGUCUACAACUGGUUCGCCAACCGGCGUAAAGAGGAAGCCUUCAGGCAGAAGUUGGCCAUGGACUCCAUCACCUUACCGUCCCACAGCAUGAACUCUCUGCUGUCACACAGCUCGCCACAUCAUCCCCACAACAGCGCUUCACCUCCCAUGCGUUACAGCCAAGGCCCCGGUGAGGUCACCUCCUCCACGACCAUCAGUCACCACAGCAGCAACGGGAUGGCCACCAGCCAAUCGGUGCUCCAGCAGGUGUCUCCGGGAGGACUGGACCACAGCCACAGUCUGCUCUCACCUGACGCCAAGAUGAUUUCAGGUUCAGGUGGAGGACUUCCUCCAGUCAGCACACUGACCAACAUCCACAGUUCCCAUCACAGCCACCACCAGAACCUCAUCAUGCCUCUAUCUGGAGUCAUGGCCAUAGCACAGAGUUUGAACACAUCACAGUCUCAGUCGGUGCCAGUGAUCAACAGCGUGGCGGGAAGCCUGGCAGCGCUGCAGCCGGUGCAGUUUUCCCAGCAGCUCCACAGCCCCCACCAACAGAGCCUGAUGCAGCAUUCCCCCAGCCACAUGAGCCAGCAGCCGUUCAUGUCUGUCACUCACUCACACAUGUAUUCUCACAAGCAAGAGCCCCCACAAUAUUCCCACCCGUCACGUUUCCCCUCGGCCAUGGUGGUCACAGACGGCAACAGCCUCAGCGCCCUCAGCUCCAUGUCAGGCAAAACGGAUGGUGCUGUAAACAAGAUGGUGCAACUUGGGGGUCUUUCCUGGUGUCCUCUUCAAGCUUGGUGAGAGCGUCCACCUGACUUCCCCGGUGCCCGGCAACGGAGGCACAUUUUUCCACCCUCUCACAGCAGUAACCAUGACAACUCUUAAUAACCGGCAACGGCGCGCUGGAUGAUGAGUCAGUCAACAAAACCAAAGGAGAGGCAGCGGGCCAGACGGUGAAAAUGAGAAAUGGGGACAGAGGGGGAGAAAAACAAAAAAACUCACCUGAACAGUGAAGAGACUUGCUUCACCUCCGUCGCACACAAAUGAUAAACAGGAUGAUUUUAAACACAAUCUUUGAAAACAGUAUUCAGUUUUUCUUAUGCCCCCGAUCACCCUCUUUUCUGACAUUGCAAAGGAACAAAAAUCAAGCACCCAAAAAGCACUCAAAAACGGUUUAAGUGGUGCAGACUUAAACGAAGGCUCUGGGACCACUUAAAUUACACUGUGAUUUAAGGUGGAAAUAUUGAGGCACCCUGCAACUAACAGAGACAGUGAUCAGCCUCUGUGAAGGCUGAAAGACUCAAGUUCCUGGAGGCCUUCACAAACAGCCCUGCACGUGAGCAGAUUUGUGUGACAAUCACAAUAACCCUGUAUUGAUUUUGUAUGCAUGCAUUGGACAUUUUUACUAGUCUUUAAAAGGAGUCUUCCAUAUGUUUUCCUCUACACUCAUUUAGUGCAGCCGAUGAAUACAGAGGGAUUCAUCAUUUCAAGUUGUUCAAGUUGUUUAUACUGUGGUUGAAAAGACUGACAAUCUUGAAAGGACUAUGCAAUGUGUCAAUCGGUGUAAGACAUGCUUUGUAUAACUGGAUUCUGCACAGAACUCGACAUACUUGAGACUGGAAAUGAAUAUGCACUAUCAGUGAAGUCACCAACAAUUGCAUAUAUACAUUAUAUAAUUAUAUAUAUAUAGGCCUACUGGAGUUGCUGUUGAUAAAGCUGCCUGUAAACUAACACAAGAGCAGAUGGAUGAGUGUGUGCGUGUGUGUGUGUGGUGUGUGGUGUGUGUGUGUGUGUGUGUGUGUGUGUGUGUGUGUGUGUGUGUGUGUGUGUGUGUGUGUGUGACAAAUAUGCCAAAGAAUAAGAGUCAACUUCAAUGUACGCAGGGAGGACUGACUCACACACUUCAACUGUGGCCCUUCCCCUCCGUGUUGUUUGCACACAGGUUCAGGUGAAUUUCAGGAAUGGGACUCUCCCUCCUCCUCUUUCUCCUUCUCCCACUUCCUGCGUUAAUGUGAAGAGAUACCAAAUAGGACAAACAUUGUUAAUAACUCCUUAUCAUAAAUCAUGCCGGCAGGAACCCCCCAGAGUCAUGAUGAAAAUAUUGACAAGUAUUCAGAAACAAAACAAGUUGUGAACGUCUGGUAUUUUGUGAAGGAGAGGGACUUGAAAGCGGGCAGUGUUGUGACAGCAGCUGCUCUAAUCAUCCAGGAAUCCACAGAGGCUGAGAAAUGUUGGGGAGAGAAGCGGCUGCUGUGGGUACAGACGCCCACGCUCACACUGCCAAGGUGUGUUCGGGCAGAAGCAAACUUUAUUUGCCACAAAUGUUGCCGUUGGAGCCUGUGUUUGUUCGCCCACAACUAUUAGUACUGUUAGGCAAACUCCCUUCUCUCCAUUGACUUUGUAUGCAAAGUUUGUCCCAACACACAGUUUCAGUUUCGGUUUGCUUGACAACGAUGGGAAAGGUUGACAUGGGGACCAAAUUAUGCAUCAGGAAUUAUUUUUAAUUACACACUUUUCCAACCCUGCAAAUCAUUAGUGGGUCAGAUCCAGUCUCCUGUUCAAUAUUAGGUCAUCACAUUUGUUAUUAUUAUGUUGGUUGGUGUGUGACUGUUAUUAUAGGCACACCUACUGCCAUCUGAUCAGAGGGCACUCAUACUUGUGCAGGAUGUGAUUUUUUUUUCUCCUAAUGUAUUAUUUUUGUAUAAAAUGGAAUCAAUCAUAAAUCAUUAUUUAUACUUUCUGAGAAAAUGUUGAUAUUUCAAGUAAAA